UCCUUCCCCGCCGCCGGCAGCUCUCGCUCCUUCUCCCUCAGUCUGAGCUGAGCCGGUGAAGCUGUUUCUCCCGCUCCGAGUCCGGACCAUGUGCGGCCGCUCACUGCCCCGCCUGGCGCUGGCCGCCUGCCUCCUGCUGCUGUCCGACUGCAACCCCGGCCCAGCGGCCGCCGAGCUGACCGUCCCCAGGAGGAUCCGCCUGACCGGGUCCGGGUCCGGGGAAGGAGCGGGGUACCGGCCCCGGCGGGGGAUCUCUCCGGGCGGGGAGCAGCAUCUCUACCUCCAGCUGCCGGCAUUCGGGACCGAGCUGCUCCUGCACCUGGACCGGGAGCUGAGCUUCCUGUCGCCGGCUUUCACGGUGGAGGAGCGGGGAGAAGGAGAGCGGAGCGUCCGGCCGCUUCCAGCCCAGCGGCUCUGCUUCUACACCGGCCACGUCCUCAACCAGAACCGCUCGUCCGCCUCUCUCAGCACCUGUAACGGACUGUUUGGAUACAUCCAGAUUGGGGAUGAUCUGUUGUCAAUAGAACCUGUAAAUAAAUUGAACUCAUCAUUCAUUGGAGAAGUUCACCAGAUCUACAGGCACAAACAGCCCCUCUCAUCGGAGAAGAAACACUUCCCCCAUGACUUCUGCAACGUGAUCAAAGGAAGGAAGAGACCAAAGAAGCCUGAUGGCUGGCGACCCCGAAGAAACGCCAUUCGAUUAACCAAUGAAUACACUGUGGAGACGUUGCUGGUGGCAGAUUCUGACAUGGUCGAGUAUCAUGGUGCCGAGGCUGCCCAGCGAUUCAUACUGACUGUCAUGAAUAUGGUAUACAACAUGUUUCAGCAUCAUACUCUGGGAAUCAAGAUCAAUAUUCAAGUGACCAAACUCGUCUUGCUUCACAGUCGUCCAGAGGAGCUGUUGAUUGGCCAUCAUGGAGAACGGUCUCUGGAGAGCUUUUGUCGUUGGCAGUACAAGGAGUUUGGAGCGAAAUAUCUGGGGAAUAACCAGGUACCUGGUGGGAAAGAUGACUUUCCAGCCGUGGAUGCUGCUGUGUUUGUCACAAGGACCGAUUUUUGUGUUCAUAAAGAUGAACCCUGUGAUACUGUAGGAAUCGCAUAUCUUGGAGGAGCCUGCAGUGCAAAGCGCAAGUGUGUGCUUGCUGAAGAUAAUGGUCUCAAUCUAGCCUUUACCAUUGCCCAUGAGCUGGGCCACAACAUGGGUAUGAGCCACGAUGCCGAUCAUUCCUCGUGUGCCGAACACUUCCACAUCAUGUCCGGUGAAUGGGUCAAGGGAAAGAAUCCAAGUGACUUGUCCUGGUCCACCUGUAGCCAUGAUGACCUGGAGACUUUUCUGAGGUCGAAGGUCAGUGCCUGCCUCUUGGAAACUGACCCAAGGAGUCACUACAUAACACGACUACCACCCAAACUGCCGGGAAUGCACUACAGCGCUGAUGAACAGUGCCAGAUUCUUUUUGGAACCAAUGCAACCUUUUGCAAAGAAAUGGAGCAUUUAAUGUGUGCUGGUCUGUGGUGCCUGGUAGAAGGGGACCAACCCUGCAAAACAAAACUGGAUCCUCCACUGGAUGGUACAGAAUGUGGUGUUGACAAAUGGUGCAGGGCAGGGGAGUGUGUCAGCAAAACGCCAAUCCCGGAGCACGUGGAUGGAGACUGGAGCAUGUGGAGCCAGUGGAGUAUGUGCAGCAGGACAUGUGGAACUGGAGCCAGGUUCAGACAAAGAAAAUGCGACAAUCCCCCCCCAGGGCCAGGAGGGACAAACUGCCAGGGAGCCAGUGUGGAGCACAAAGUGUGUGAGAACUUACCCUGUACCAAAGGAUUACCCAGUUUCAGAGAUCAGCAGUGCCAGUCCCAAGACAGACAAGGUCAUAUGAAGAAAAAACACUGGACCGCAGUCCUCAAUGAUGACGAGCCAUGCGCUUUGUAUUGCUCCCCUUUUGGAAAAGAGUCCCCUGUCCUAAUAGCUGAGAGAGUUCUCGAUGGCACUCCUUGUGGGCCCUAUGAGACGGACCUUUGUGUGAAUGGCAAGUGUAAGAAGAUUGGCUGUGAUGGAAUCAUUGGCUCAGCAGCCAAGGAGGAUCGCUGUGGGAUGUGUAACGGUGAUGACAAGUCCUGCAAGAUCAUCAGAGGAGAUUUCAAUCAAAGCCGAGGAAUGGGUUACGUUGAAGCCGCGGUGAUCCCAGUUGGUGCCAGGAGGAUUCGCGUAGUAGAGGAGAAGCCAGCCCACAGUUUCCUGGCUUUAAAAGAUUCCACAAAACAAUCCAUCAAUAGCGACUGGAAGAUUGAGCUUCCUGGAGAGUUUCCAAUGGCAGGAACCACUGUCCGUUAUGUACGACGAGGGCUGUGGGAAAAGAUGUCUGCCAAGGGACCAACUAAAACACCACUUCACUUAAUGGUGCUGCUAUUCCAUGAUCAAAGUUACGGCAUCCACUAUGAAUACACAAUCCCGGUGAACAACUCCAUUGAAGGGAGAGGCGAAGUACGGAAACAGCUGGAACCUCUUUAUCUGUGGACAAACACUGGCUGGGGGGACUGCAGUGUACAGUGUGGAGGAGGUGAGCGCAAAACGAUUGUCCACUGCACCAAGAUUAUUAAUAAGACGUUGGUGGUGGUGAAUGACAGCGGCUGUCAAAAUUUGGCUCGUCCAGAUCCACAGGUCAGGAAGUGCAAUAUACAUCCAUGUCAGUCACGUUGGGUGGGAGGUGACUGGACUCCAUGCUCCAGCACCUGUGGAAAAGGCACUCAGUUUCGGAAUGUAACCUGCGUCUAUCAGCUGCAAAAUGGCACUUAUUUCAACACAAGGAAUCUCUACUGUCUUGGUCCAAAGCCAUCUACAGUACAGGGCUGUGAAGGGCGUGAUUGUCUAACACUGUGGGAGGCCUCAGACUGGUCAAAGUGCUCUACAGACUGUGGUCGAGGAGUCCAUCUGAGGACAGUGAAUUGCACUAAUCCACAAAGCAAGUGUGAUCUUGCAACUAAACCCAAUGAGGAGGAGGAGUGUGAGGACCACACAAACUGUUACAAGUGGCAGACAGGAGAAUGGUCAAAGUGUUCCUCCACGUGUGGCAAAGGCCUGCAAUCACGGGUGGUUCAGUGCAUGCACAGAGUCACCGGCCGCCAUGGCAAUGAAUGUCCAUCUUUAAACAAACCACCAGCUUACAAGCAAUGCCAUCAGAAACCCUGCAACGAAAGUAUCAACAUCAACACAAUCACCUCACCCAGGCUUGCUGCCUUGACGCACAAGUGCACGGGAGACCGGUGGACAGUAUACUGCAGGGUGAUCCGAGAGAAGAACCUGUGUCAGGACAUGCGAUGGUACCAGCGUUGCUGCCAGACCUGCAGAGACUUCUACGCAAACAAGCUGCACCCUGGCAGCUAAUUGCAGGUUUUGCUGCAGCGCGAGAUAAUUUAAGAGGAGCUUUACUCUGUCUGAUCCUGAGCAGAACUGGGGGUUGUACAAUUUCUAAAACUGGAAGAGAACAGUGCUGGGGCAUGCUGUGGGCUCCACAACAUUGCUACCCACACUCUGCACAAGAUCUCUGCAGUUUUGGAUUGUGCUGCAUAAACUGCUGUUACAGCAUCGGAAGCCAAGACAGUGACCUUCUCAAGAACCGCUGCCUGUGAACAUUCUGUGGUUCUGCAUUUACCCAUUACUGCAACUUGAGCAGCCUGACUAAUCAGUAGGGAAGAAAAGCUUCAAAAGCAGCCUCCUUUUUACUAAACAAACCCUCACUGCAAGUUUUUGUGGAGUUAAUAUUAUGGACUUGAAAGCAAAGGACAAUGAAGGAGCUGGAGAAGCAUCACUUCAGUGGACAGUUCAGGUGGAGAUGUGUACAGAAUCCCAAUCCACUCUUGUCGUUCUGGAUUAUAUGAAUAAUGUAACAAGUCUCUCCACCCAGAGUAUUGAUCAAACCACUCGCUUCAGGAACAAAUUUGCAACUUGAUAACUUCAUUUAUAGCAACAUGAGUAUUUACAGUUUUUAGCAAUACAAAGGCAAACUUGAAUGGUCCUGUUUAACCUUUUCACUACUGUUCCAGGUUUUAGGCCAAUCUUCCAGUAUUGGUAGCAUGAAUCCCGUUAGUGAUCAACAGCCCAGUUUAGGGAAAAGCAGGUAAUGUACAUCCGCCGAUACCACUUUGCUGCUGGAAGGAGCAGUAAACAAACUCUUCAGUUUCCCCAUUUUUUUGAACAAUACAGUUGUGAACUAGGUUGAGUGUACAGAGAUUGAGCACAAUGCUGCACGAGGGCGUAAUCGUUGAGUGCUAACAGCCAGAUGCUGUUUCUCUUUUUCCUUUUUUGUGAGCACAUGACUGGUGCGAGCUGGUCCUACUCCCACAUGGCCAUCAAGAUAACCUUAGCUCCCUCACACACAUAACACCAAUUGGAGCACUCUGGGGAGGGGAAAUAACAUACCAUUACCUACAAACUUACCAGUCAGGUAGCAUUCACAUUAAACAGGCACAGACUAAGAGAAAUGGCUCCCUUGGCAUGAAAAGAUGGUGAUGCCACUGAGAGGGAAGUGCUGAUCCUGAUCCCGUUGGCCAUUCUUAGAGUCACAGAGGUCUACAGCACAGAAAAAGGCCCUUUGGUCCAAUGAGUCUGUGCCGGUCAAACAACUACCUAACUAUUCUAAUCCCAUUUUCCAGCAC